AUGUCGAAUCGUGUGCAGGAUCCUGAGAGUGAGGUGACCGCUGUGGUGGCACCUGUUAUCGGUUCAACUGCCAAUGCACCACCUGUUAGAUCGCCGUGGACGGCCUGGAUGUAUGUCCUUGACUGGUACCCAAGUCAUUACUCGGGCGAGGAGAGAAAGAUGCUCAGGAAACUGGACUUCUUCCUGCUUUCAUUCUGCUCCCUCAUGUUCUUCCUGAAAUAUCUUGAUCAAUCCAAUAUCAACAAUGCUUAUGUCUCAGGAAUGAAAGAGGAGCUGGAGCUGAAUGGCAAUCAAUAUUCUCUCUUCGGCACUUUCUACAAUAUUGGAUAUCUUGUUUUCCAGAUUCCCUCUAUGCUCAUUCUCUCUCGGCCUGGAUAUGCACGCUGGUUUGUUCCGACUUGUGAAGUGCUUUGGGGCGUUCUCACCUUCAGUCAGAGUAGACUCAAUAGUGCCUCAACUAUUUACGGGACGAGAUUCCUCCUCGGGAUUCUUGAGACUCCUGUUGCCUCUGGUUCUCUUUAUAUCCUCUCCUCGUGGUAUCGGCCCGAUGAACUUUUCAAGCGCGCCGGCGUUUGGUACGUCUCCAAUAAUAUCGGGACCAUGUUCGGAGGCUAUCUUCAAGCCGCUGCAUACACAAACCUCGACGGCGUUGGCGGGAUGUCAGGUUGGAGAUGGCUGUUUAUCAUUGAUGGGGCUAUUACUGUACCUAUUGCUAUUCUUGGGUACUUUAUGUUCCCUGGUCUGCCCUCAAGCGGGAAGCCGUGGUGGUUGACUCCAGAACAACACGCAAUUGCUAGGAAGAGAAUGGAAGAUGAGGGCGUCGAAGAGAGCAGGAAGUUUGACAAAGCCACUACUAAGGCUAUGCUUAAACGCACACUUGCGCACUGGCACUUCUAUGUGGCAGUAUUAUGCUACACCUUCUUUCUCUCCUCCCAAUAUCCCAACGGACAAAUGGCCAUUUGGCUCAAAGCCCAAGCUAAAGCAGGUUACAGCUGGACCGUUCCUCAAAUCAACACGAUCCCCACCGCGGUUUCGGCCGUAUCUGUUAUAUCGUGUCUGAUUGCAACCUCACUCUGUAUGCUUUACCCGCUGUGGGCCAUCAUGAGCGUUGUGCAAGCUGUCACUAUGUUUGGAAUCGUUUGUUUGCUUGUUUGGUUUAUUCCCGACUGGCUGAAAUUCAUUGCCAUCUUUUGCACCGGCUUCACGGCUGCUGUAACCCCAAUUCUUGUGCCAUGGGUCAAUAUCCUCAUGAAAGAUGAUUCUCAAGCACGUGCUUUCACUACGGGUUCAAUGUUAACAUUUGGCUGGGCUAUCAAUGCCUUUUACCCCAUUGCUGUAUUUCCUAUCAUCGAAGGCCCUCAAUGGACGAAAGGCUACGCUGUGGAAGUUGUCUUUGUCUUCAUGGUCUGGCUCCUCUUCAUGCUCGGGCAGUAUCUUCAUCGAAAGGAGCUACAACAGGCAGAACUCGCUCAUCGGAUGGAGGAUGAAGAGGGUAAAAUCGACGAGGACGUACAAAUCGAGACUAAGCUCGCCCUUCACCACCAACUAGCCAUGCAUCGCCCCUCAGGCCUCGCCGGCUUCACAGAUAACCCCUUCGUGUCACGGGAGGAUUGCAAAAUUGCAACUCACGCCCUACUUACCCAGCUGAAACCCUACAUCUCUCCGCUUGGGGCGCGUAUCCGCCUACCUGUUACAACCGGGACUCACUUCGAUGAGGUCGCGGCCCAAAUCGAGGGCUUUGCGAGGCCCCUUUGGGCUGUUGGUGCGUUACUUGCUUCCGAGUCCCCGAAUGAUAUGUCAUCUAUCGACCCUCGACUUCGCUCCUGGAUCACUGGCCUUAUUGCUGGGACAGACCCUGCAAACGCACCUGGCCAAGAUGGCGAGUACUGGGGAGCGAUUUUCGACGAAGACCAGAGGAUGGUUGAGCUCGAGAUCAUUGCAUACGCUCUAUUAUCCGCUCCUGCUGUCUUCGUUCCGCCACUGCCUCUAGAUCUGCUUCGCCCUUCUGCACAGGAUGAGUCAAACCUACGGGCGCGACAAAAUCUGAUCAAGUACAUGCGCUCAAUCAACGGAAAGACGAUGCCAACGAACAACUGGCGGUUUUUCCGGAUCCUCACGAACCUAGCGCUCGUAAAGGUGCUAGGUGUACCAUAUGCGGAGCUGAAAGAGGCGAUGGACCAAGAUCAUGCGCUUCUGGAGGGGUUCUAUCUAUCGGAAGGGUGGGCAAGUGAUGGGGCGUGGAGCGAGGAUGGGAGUCUGAAUAGGCAAGCGGAUUAUUAUUCAGGAAGUUUCGCGAUUCAGUUUUCACAGCUGCUAUAUGUCAAGUUCGCCUCCGAUCUCGACCCAGAUCGAUGUGCGGUUUUUCGAGCGCGAGCGACAGAGUUCGCAGGUGGGUUCUGGAGAUAUUUUGAUGUCAAUGGUGCUGCAAUUCCAUUUGGCCGAAGUCUUACAUACCGUUUCAGCUUCGCGGCAUUUUGGAGCGCAGUUGUCCUCACGGACAUCCCUCUUCCUGCCCCUCUUUCACUCGGGGUCGUUAAAGGUCUCCUUCUACGGCACCUGCGUUGGUGGGCUGAGCAGCCUGACAUAUUCAACACGGAUGGAACGCUGAAUAUCGGCUACUGCUAUCCGAACAUGUACAUGAGUGAGGACUACAAUUCGCCCCAGUCACCGUACUGGUGCUUGAAGACCUUCUGUGCCGUAGAAUUGCCAGAAGACCACGAGUUUUGGACCUGCGAGGAACUGCCUCAUCCACUCGCGAAGACGAACGACCAAACCCCAUCCGCUCGACAACAUGUCUCCAUCCGAGCCCUCGACGCGCCCAAACACAUCCUGAUCUCGGCACCUGAUCACCACUACCUCCUCUCCUCGGGGCAAUUCGCCUCCUGGCCUAUGAAAGCUACGGAAGCCAAAUAUGGCAAGUUUGCCUACUCAUCAGAGUUCGCCUUCAGCGUCCCUACUGGUCCGCUACUGGAGCAGCUUGCACCAGACAGUACGCUGGCCAUUAGCGAGGACGCCAGCGACUCCUGGCGAGUACGAUGGAAGAGUGCGGGGACUAUUAUGGACGCCGCGCACGUGCACUCCGCAAAUGGCAGCUCAACUGCUCUCCCAACGCUCGUCAAUAGCUGGUCUCCGAGCAAGAUGUCGUGCCUUACUGUCAAGACGACUCUCAUCCCGCCAAGCGACAGAUGGCCAGACUGGCAUGUAAGAAUCCACCGCAUUACACGCGCAGCCGCGCAUGUCGGCAGUCGUGCCGAGCAAACAGUACUCACUGCUGAAGGUGGUUUUGCUAUUGCCGGCCGCCGGAAACGGGACGGUGGAGCGCUGCCCCGCCUCUGCCCCCACGAUUUUCGAGACACGAAAGAUGCUGCAGUGUCGGAGGGCGUGGUUGAAGAUGGCCCGGCGGCGCUGAUUAUUUCUUCCCGCGGUGCUAGUGGAAUUAUUCAACUAUAUCCAUCGUCGUCGGCAAGAGGGGUUGUCCUGAAGCCGGAUGCGAAUACCAAUUUGAUUUCGCCGAGGACACUGAUCCCAACUAUAAGGCAGGAGUUGAAGUUUGAGGUCGCGACCAACGAGGUGGAGGAGGUGGCUGUACUUGUAGUUGCGGUUUUUGCUAUUGGGGUAAAAGGGGUUGAGAAAGUAGAUGAUAUAUGGAGAAGGUGGGUAGACAAGCCGGUAGUGAAAUUCGGAGGUUCUAGCCGAGAGUUAGGUAAAGAGUAUAUUAUGAUAGAAUAG